AUGGUAGAGAUUGAAGCAGGUAAUUUUAUAUUUUUUGCAGUAGUUGAUGAUAGAUUAGGAUUAAAAGAAGGGACACAAGAUGAAAAGAUAUUAUAUUAUAUAGCACCAAAAAUGGAAUUUGAAACAUUAGUAAUUAGUAUUGGUCAUAUGCAAACAGUUAUUGGAAUUUGUCAACAAUUUAAUUCAAAAACAAAAUAUUUUAGAACUAAAUUAACAGUUACUUUCUUUAUAUCACCUCAAGAACAUAUUUAUUAUAUGUUAAGAGUUGGUAGAACAGAUGCAUUAGAUGAAUAUUUACCAUUUUUAUCAUAUUUAAGUGAUUCAUAUUCAAUGUUAUAUAAUAAUAAUUAUUCAAUUGAAAUGAAACCAUUAAUGAAAAAUCUUUUUACACCAGUUUUUCAAAAUUAUAGAUUUAAUGAAUUAUUAUCAUUUAAUUAUUCAUUCUUUGAAAGAGCUGUAUUAACACAUAAAUCUUAUUUAUAUCUUUCUACUAUUAUAGAACGUUCAAAACAAGAAUAUCCAGAAUUAGCUAGUUUUGUUAUUGUUUAUAAUAAUUCUAUUCUUCAUUCUGAUUUAUCACGUAACGACACAUUAACAUUAUAUCUCUUUUUAUCAAAACUUAUUCAACCAACAGAAUUAGUAAUGGCAUCUCAAGAAUUAAAUUGUUUAAUUCCUGAAAUAAAAAAUGGUUGGGUAUUAGAACCACAAAAAUUGGCACCAAUAUUUUUAACAUUAAAUAAUAAGAAAGUACGAGUAUUUAUUAAUAUUUAUAUUAGAAAAGAAACUAAAUCACAAAUUUUAUUUAUUCCUAUCUUUUAUAAAACUAUGACUGAUUUCUUUGAUAAUAAAAAAGGAUUUAAUUGUGAAACACUCUAUGUUAAUGCCUUAAAAAAAAUUAUUUCUCUUAUAAAUGAUUCUAAUGUUGUUAUUACAAAAGAAAAUUUACCCCUUCAUCUUCAUUUAUCUUUUUCAACAAAUUGUCUUAAAACAAAUUUGUUAAUAAAAACAAAAAAUCAAGGAGAAUUUCUUUUUAUUUUAUUUAUUCGUAGAUUUGUUGAACUUCUUAAAAGUAAUGGUUGUAAAUUAUCUGAAAUAUGGAUUAAUUCUCAAACAUUCCAAUGGGUUGCCUCAAAAUUUGGAUGUUCAAGAGAAUUAUUUUUAUUUUCAAGAAAUAUACUUGAAGGUUCUUCAUUAAAAAAGUUAACAGAAGAAAUGGAUUUGUUAACUUCUCCCAUUUUUAUUUAA